AUGAGAUUACAUACGGAAUAUGGCCUACAAAAACUGACGAUGCUUCGAACAUUCGCAACAGUUCACAUUGGAGUACUGGAAAACCCGACAACUAAUAAUAAUAACGAUUAUUAUAUAAUCUUCAAAGUGGUUGUGAAAGCGCGUACAGACCCAGCUUAUCCAAAAUUCACUGCAACUCAAAUGGACACCCGACUUCUUAUUAUGAAAACACCGCAGGAACAACGGUCAGUUACGUUUUCCAUCAUUGAUGCAGCUAUAUCACCAAUUACGGUAAGAUCUUGCAUCCUUACUAAAUCAGAUGUCAAAUUCUUUAUGCGAAAUCGUAAAAUUUUAAAUAUUAUUAGAUUUAUACUGGUACUGUCUAAGUUAGUCGUGGUCUGGAAGACUAGUUUAUUGAUACCUGGUGAUGAAUGA